CUCUCUCUCUCUCUCUUCCUUCUCCGCUAUAUUUAUUCCCCUUCCUUGCUCUGUAAAGCGAUCGCUGCAGUUUUAGCUUGGCGUUUCUUCUUUUGUGCCUCGGCUGUGUGUCAUGAAUGCAACGGGUUCAAUGGGGCUGGCCGUCGCCGUGAGGCCCUGCUGCCGCCUAAUCGCCGCCCAGAUCCUCCCGAGAUGCCCCCACCGAUACGGCCGCCGUAUCGCCGCCCUCCCCUUCUUCCUCAGAUGCUCCUGCGGCCGCCGCCACUUCUCCCGGUGCCCCUGCGCCCUCCCGCCCCGCCGAUCGGCCGCUGCGUGGGUCCGCGCCGCCGUCGCCCCCGCGAGGGACGGGGCCGCGGUCUCCGACCCCCGCCGCCUCUCCACCUCGGUAGGGCCCGUGCCCCGGCCCGGCGGGGACGAGGACUUCGGACGGAUCUUCGUCCAGGGCCUCGCGGCCGUGAAGCCCCUCGUGAUCGACAGCGUGGAGCAGCCACCUGCGGUGGGGGGGGAGAAGACGAAGAAGGAAGCGGUGGAGGAGGAGGAGGAGGAGGAGGACCGGUCGGAGGUGGCUAAGGGGCGGUUACAGUCGGAGUCGGAGAAGGAGGCGUGGAGGCUGUUGAAGAAUGCGGUGGUGACGUACUGUGGGAGCCCUGUGGGGACGUUGGCGGCGAUCGAUCCCGCGGUGGAGCCACUCAAUUACGACCAGGUCUUCAUCCGCGACUUUGUGCCCUCGGCCCUCUCCUUCCUCCUCAAGGGGGAGAUGGAGAUCGUGCGGAAUUUCCUCCUUCACACCUUGCAUUUGCAGAGUUGGGAAAAGACUGUGGAUUGCUACAGCCCUGGACAAGGGCUGAUGCCGGCAAGCUUCAAGGUUAGAAGUGUUCCUCAGGGAAGCAAUGGUGAAGUUGAGGAGUUCUUGGACCCUGAUUUUGGUGAAUCGGCCAUCGGACGUGUUGCUCCAGUAGAUUCUGGAUUAUGGUGGAUCAUCUUGCUAAGAGCUUAUGGAAAGAUUAGUGGUGACUAUGCAUUGCAAGAGAGAAUCGAUGUGCAAACUGGAAUCAAACUGAUAUUGAACUUAUGCUUGUCUGAUGGGUUUGACAUGUUCCCUACACUGCUAGUCACUGAUGGCUCUUGCAUGAUAGAUCGAAGAAUGGGUAUCCAUGGGCAUCCUCUUGAGAUCCAAGCUCUAUUCUACUGUGCUCUGCGUUGCUCACGUGAAAUGAUUGUUGCCAGUGAUGGAUCAAAAAAUGUAUUGCGUGCUAUCAAUAACAGACUGAGUGCAUUAUCAUUCCACAUCAGAGAGUACUAUUGGGCGGAUAUGAAGAAGGUCAAUGAGAUUUAUCGUUAUAAGACUGAAGAAUAUUCUCAAGACGCUAUUAACAAGUUCAACAUCUAUCCUGAGCAAAUUCCUGGUUGGCUGGUGGACUGGAUUCCUGAAAAAGGUGGCUACUUUAUUGGGAACCUUCAACCAGCUCACAUGGAUUUUAGGUUCUUUUCGCUUGGUAAUUUAUGGGCCAUCAUUUCGUCUUUAGCCACUCCAAAACAAGCUGAGGGCAUUCUUGAUCUCAUUGAAGACAAAUGGGAUGAGCUUGUUGGGAAUAUGCCUUUGAAGAUAUGUUAUCCUGCCUUAGAAAACGAAGAAUGGCGCAUAACUACUGGAAGUGAUCCGAAGAAUACGCCUUGGUCAUAUCAUAAUGGUGGAUCAUGGCCUACUCUGUUAUGGCAGUUCACGUUGGCUUGCAUCAAAAUGGGUCGACCUGAAUCUGCCCGAAAGGCAAUUGCCAUAGCUGAGAACCACCUUUCAAAUGACAGGUGGCCUGAAUAUUAUGAUACCCCAACUGGAAGAUUUAUUGGAAAGCAGUCUCGGCUCUAUCAGACAUGGACAAUUGCUGGGUUCCUGGCAUCAAAGUUGCUGCUGGAGAAUCCAGAGCUGGCUUCCAUACUAACAUUUGAGGAAGACCUCGAGCUUCUGGAGGGCUGUGCGUGCAGCCUGGCUAAGAGUCCUCGUAUCAAAUGCUCCCGCCAUGCUGCCAAAUCACACAUCUUCGUAUAACUACAUCAAGAUUUUUUUUUCUUCAUUUUUUUAAUCACCAUACUGUAUGUGUAGAAAGAAAUAAUAAACGGAAGGGAUCGUCGUCUGCACUUGGAGAGAUUGGAGCCCUUCUUGUUUAGAUAAAGACGUCAUUUAUUUGCCCACUUGUCCCAUGGGGUAUGCUCAUUAUUUUUGUUGAGCUAGCACUGAUGGUGACAGUGUGGCCUAAAGGUACCCAAUGUUGGGCUAUGUAACAGGAAGUCAAUAUGUAUAUUAUUGAUGACACAUUGAUUCACCACUGCUACCUGACAUCGAAUUAGAUGGUGAUUAAGAUUUGUUUCUAACAGCA